CAUGGAUGUCAGUGCGAACCGAAUUCAAGCAUUGUCUGGAUAUAUUUCACAAAAUGAAGCGCUAGUAUGAAAUCGAGGGCCUUGGUGUUUUUUCUCACAGCUCAAAUUUUGAACACUGCAGCAUGGCUGGGCCCGUUCUCGACCGCCAAGAAGGCGCGAAGUCUCGCGAUUCGAGCGAAAAAUAAGCCACUUACGAGUUACAGCAAGAAUGAGUGGGAUGCACUUGGCGACUCGCUGGAGCCAAAGCUUGAUGGACCAAUUAUUAAUCUCAUUAAUGACACCAGACCUCCAAAUUCAACCAAACCUCCUGAAAAGAGCGAAAAAAUCAUAAAUGGACGCAGAGCAAUUCGGGGGCAGAAUCCCUAUCAGGUCGGAAUUAUGAUGGACCAAGAAAGUUUUUGCGGUGGUGCUCUGAUUUCGGCAGAUUACGUCAUCACGGCUGCACAUUGCAUGGAAAGGAAUUCCUACAUCUUGAUCUUUGGUGCACAAAACAGAAGUGCUUUCGAAGCGGGAAGGUUGACGAUUGAGACAAAUAAAUUUCUUUUGCACCCCAAAUGGGACUCCAAGUUGAUUGUGAACGACCUAGCUUUGUUCCCCUUGCCAUUUUCUGUUCCUUUCUCAAAUUUCAUAAAACCCAUCCGUCUUCCUCGAAGAUCUCUCGCCUUCGCAAACUUAGACAACACAAAUGUGACGGUUUGCGGAUGGGGACUAACAAAUGAUGGUGGAACUGCGAGCUCGAUCCUGUCUUGCGCGCAGCACAAACUUAUUGUGAACACGGAAUGCGCCAAACUUUACGGCGUGCAGAGUUUUAAGUCAUCCAAUUUGUGCGCACAGGGCUACAAAGAUCAGUCGACGUGCCAAGGGGACAGUGGCGGACCGGUGGCGAUGACCGAGAAGGACAAUUUGCCGACCUUAAUUGGGGUCGUCUCGUACGGGGCAUCAGCCAGUUGUGAAAACGGAUUUCCAGAUGUUUUCACCAGGGUGUCCAGUUAUUUGAGCUGGAUUUCAAAUGUUACGGGUAUUGCAAUCAGACGAUGAUAAAAAAUUGAAAAUUAUAACAUUGAAAUCAAUAAAAAUA